CGUCAUUCAACUGGUGAGGAAACACAAAGCUUGUGCGGUUGUGCCUUGUUGCACUUAAAAACACAAAAAGUAACAAACACAAAGCUUGUUGCAGGAACAACAACUGAAGAACAAAUCAACAAUGGCGGAAGAAGAAGACUUGAAGCAAGUAGCAGAGCAAAACCAGCAACAACAACAACCGCAGCAAAAGCAACCAGGAGAAGAAAUGAAACCUUGGGAACAACACUCUGCUAUCAUAAGCAUUCCUCGCUUUGAUUACAACGCUCCUUCUUCUCUUCUCCAAUUUUCUCAUUCUGGCUUCCUUAUUACUUGCCCUAUCAAGAGGGAGAAGAGUGCAACAAAAGAAGCAAUAUCCAUUCUCGCAAAGUAUAUUGAUUUCAGUGUUAGUGACUCCUUGGGAGGGUCUGAUUCUAGUGAAAAUGGUAAAAGAAGAAAAUUAGGCCAGACGGAGGGAGACUCUGCUGUCACUAUUAAAAGUGAGCUUGUAAAAGAUGACUCUCAAUCUUUUGGAGCAACAGACGAUUUUGGCAAACAAACUCCUAAUCUUUUAUUGGUAAAGGUGACAAGAAGUGGCUUGGUUCUCUUUACCUUUCCCAAAGGCAGUUCUUCUGAUCCAGUCAGCAUAGUCUCCCAUAUAAAUCAAUCCCUAGAAUCGGGAGAGUUGAAACGACCACUCUGGUGCCAUCGAAUUUUCCCUAUUCAAGCUACUUGUAGGUUGAAUGAAAAAGAAGUCAGCACCACUGUAUCAAGUCUUGUUCUCAAGUAUGUUGAUGACAAAAGCAACAAAUUUUCUGGACCUCUAAAGUUUGCAGUUGGCUAUAAUAGAAGAGGAAUCGAGGAGACAGAGAUGAAAACUGUAAAAGAUAAUGUCAGUGAUCCUAAUAUGUGCACGUUGCUAGAUCGGAACAAAUGCUUCUCCGUUGUGGCUGCUGCUGUAAAAGAGGUUGUAUCAGAUUCAACGGUGGACCUGAAAUCCCCAGAGCUAUGUAUACUCAUUGAGCUUCUUCCACUGUCCCGGGUGCCAAAUGGCUCACUAGUAACUGCAAUUUCCGUCCUUUCCCGAGAACUUGUCAGCACCAAACCACGGCUCUGUGUUAAGGCUUUAGUCUCUGACCUUAAAGCUAAAAAAGAAGUGUCCUAAGCUAGUAGCUUGAGCAACCUCUUCUUUAGUGAACAUGUAUGGUCGCAACACAUGGUUUGUCUUUGUUUUUGUGUGUUUCUCAUCAAAAGAGAAUUUCUUUUAUUAACCAAAUAGCAGUUAGAAACCAAAUAGUGCGGCACUUUGACUUUUGAACAAUUCAUAUAUUACUAACUUUGACCAUAUAUAUGAUAAAGAGCUUUGUAAGGUGAAGUGAUGUUCGAUUAAUUUCAAUAAAUUUUUUUUUUU